CUUUAUUAAUUCACUAAAAGGAUUCUUUGUUUCAUAGAAACAGAUGAAUUCUGUAAAACAUGUGAUAUGGUGCUAGUAUCGUGAUAUCAUCACUUUUAGUGUUGGUGGUGAAUGUGAUACUGCUUAUCAGUAUUGUAGUAUAAUAAUCAAUAACGUUCUUAUCUUUUAUCAUACUUAAAAUGUAUUUAAAUAAAUCAUGAAAUUAACUAGUAAUUCAGUAAGAUUGUUUAUAUGCUGUGAAAAGUUCUCAAUAUUGUCUUUCAACAGGUUUUUAAUCAUUAGCCAGAACACUGUGUCAACUGUUAAAAGCUUAAAUACUUUAUUAAAUUUUACAAGGUUAGCUUCAGUUUAUACUAACCACAAAAGAAUGCGAUUUGUGCAGUUCAGGUCUUUGAAAGGUGGACCACAGAGGUUAGGUGUACAACUUGCUCUUGAAGGAGAUAUAAUUGAUAUUAGUGCUGUUGAUUCCUCAAUUCCGAACAAUUUAGUCCAGUUCAUUGAGGGUGGACCAACUCUUCUUGAGAAAGCCAAAAGAAUUGUUCAGGAAGGAAAAUCUACCAAUCAGCUGUCGGAGGUAGAGUUGCUUGCUCCUAUCACUCAACCAGACAAGGUACUCUGUGUAGGACUUAACUAUAAAGCCCACUGUGAUGAACAUAACAAGCCAUAUCCAGUUGAACCCUGCAUCUUCAACAAAUUCCCAAGCACAAUCAUUGGCCAGAAUGGCAAAGUCAAGCAUCCACUGAAUACCGAGUGCCUUGAUUGGGAGGUUGAACUUGCUGUGGUGAUUGGGAAAAAGUGCCGUAAUGUCCAGUCAAGUGACGCGCUGGAGUAUGUGUUUGGUUACACCAUUGCUCAGGAUAUCUCAGCAAGAGAUUGGCAUACUCCAGAAAAAAACAAUGGCCAGUGGUUGUUGGCCAAGAGCAUGGACACGUUCUGCCCACUUGGUCCUGCAGUCGUCUUCAAGGAGGCGUUUGGAGCUCCCAAUGAUAAAAAUAUCAAAUGCUCUGUAAAUGGAAGUGUAAAACAAAACUCAAACACUAAUGAUCUUGUCCAUUCUGUGGAGAGCCUAAUCCAAUAUAUCUCCCAACUGUUGACUUUGCUGCCUGGAGAUGUUAUCCUGACUGGGACUCCCAGUGGCGUUGGUUUCUACUGCAACCCUCAGCAGUUCCUCACUCCAGGUGAUGUGAUUGAAAGUGAAAUCAGUAGAAUAGGGAAGUUGGUGAACUAUGUUGUUUGAACCAAUUGCAAUUAUUCAUGCAAACAGAACCACAAUUUAAAAUAGAAAUUUGGCAUACACAUUUUAUGUCAAAACAUAAAUCUUAUUAUUUAGUGAAAACUUUUGGGGCCACAAUAAUAUGUAUAUUUUUGGGAUUUCUUUCCAUUUUAUUUUUUGACUGUAGAACACCAAAGUGUUGUCAGUUUGAUUCUGUCACCGCGACAAUAACGGGUAAUGCUGUUUGUUUAGCCAUGUAAUACUUAUAUAAAACAAUGUAACCAUGUGUGUUUUUUUCAAUUUCUUUUGUAAACUUGUGAAUUAGUUCAUAGCAUAACAGUCACAGGAUUAACUACUUGUAGAAUAAAAAUUGUUAGCCAAUAUAAAACAGUCUUCCAUAUUUUUAUAUUAAUAAUAUUAAUAUAUGUUGUAUUAGUAUGUUGUUGAAAUGUUUCAAAUAAUUGUUACCAAUAAACUUUUACAAUUUUAGCAGUUUUCGUUUUACCUGAUCAAACUACUGAUUGUUAUAAAUAUUUCUGAUCUGGCAAUUGAGACAAUUCCUCAUGAACUUCUAGUACAGCAUCAAGAACAUAGCCAGGAAACUUUUGGUCAUGGGGGGUCAAGACAACUGAUAUUUUUCCAAAGUGGACAGAAAGUAAGAGCCUGUUUUGUUCCUCAAAAAGUUCUUGAUCCGUAUCUAUGUUGAGAACAAUUAUUCAGCAGUACAUGUCAGUAAUACUGAAUUAUUUAAAUAAUAAUAAUCGUUAAUAAUAAAAAGUAAUUAAAACAAAUGGAAAUUUGGAGGUGGUCCGGACUCCUUGGACCCCCUCUUUGGCUACGUCCUUGUACAGCGUUCUUAGUUUGGGCUUGAGAGCUGGCUCUUAUUCCGAGAACUUUCCUCGCCAGAGUAGGGAACUAUACUCAACUAUAACUUCUAGUAAGUGAUAAUUUUUGUAUAAUGACGCACUUAUUUAUAUCUGCAAUCAUUCUUGCAAAAGCAUGUUAAGCCUGAUUAACAUAAUUUUUUCCAUUAGUAAUACAUCUCAAAAAGUUUGAGCUGACUUUAACUAUUCUUUUCAUAAUUUCAAGUAAGAAUGUUAGUUUAUAAAAACUCAGAGAAAUGUCUGUGAUAAGGUUUGACUCUGGUCACAAGAUUCAGAUAGAUUUUCAUUGCAGUUUUUGACGUGGCUGUUAGGUUUUCAUAUUUAUUUAUACUAAUUAAUUUAAUUUACAUAUUAAUAUAUUUUCUUACCGAUAACCAAAAUUGUGUAUUUUAUUUAGAAUUGCUCAUUGUCCACCAUUGUUUGAUACCAUGUUAGUCAUAAAGGAAUCUAUUUUCAUUGUAUCUUUGUACACACACACACAUGUAUCCCAAAUUAUAGUGGUCCGACUGUGAGGUAAAAUAAGGUGACUUGUGUCGACCAAUCACAGGUGUCCCUGAGAUGCGGACGAGAAAAGCCCCCAGAGGCAUCUCAGGCAGUUCUUUUACAGACUCCGUAUCGCUCGGUCGUAUGUUAAAACCAGCAUUAGCUUAAUUUGGGCCGUGCCCCCUUUUCCUUGUUGUUGUGAACCUUUGAGCCGUUCUAUGGCAAUUAGAAGCCUUGCCACUUCAUCGUGUAAUUGUCGUCAACCCCUUGCCGGACUUAAUAUUUUUAACGAGCCAAAAGGUAACUUUUUCCCUGUGGAACAUCAGCGUUCAUGAGUGAACCGAGGAUAGUGUCCAGUGAAUGUGGAAUCUUCAUACAUCAACAAGAACUCCAACAGUGCAACAUUCCUUGGAAGCAACCCAGGUCGAACUGCAAUCAACUCAACUUCAUUUGUGUCAAGGUAUCAGACAAUGGACGGUGCAAGGUAAUAGUGCUUCAUUAUUCUUAUGGUCCUUCGUAAUAAGAGACAAUUUUCUCCUCAAUCAAGAUUGUUAAAAGCUUCAACUAAUUUCGGACAUUAUUUUGGAUAUUUUAAUAGAAACGAAAACCAUUUUAACUCUUUGUAUUCAUGAUUUAACUGUGUGCUUUUGUCAAAUAGUAUGUUCUUUGAUCUUA